AUGACUGCUUCCUGGCCAGAGCACAUCUUGGAUGAUUCCAAGUUGGAAGAUGCAUUCCAACUAGCCCAGACCUUCGAAUUACACUGCGCGAAGGUUUACAGCCAUGCCGCCGCGCACCCCGACAGUGCUCCUUCGGCACAUUAUGUGAUGGAGCUCGUGUCUCAGGCUUAUCGCGCGGUCCACAGCCUACACAUGCAGAAGAUUGCAACGGCAUACCUGGACCUAGGCGCUGCGACGGCGGCGCUGGAAACCAAAGCGAAGGAAUUCCGCGACGCGACUGCCGAUAACGAUGCCACCCCAGGGGUCGAACUCGCCGAAGACCAAACAGAGCAAGCUUCCGGCACUGGACUUGUAGAUCUUCUGAAUGGGGAUUUUGACGAUGACGAGGAGGAGGACUCUGAUUGGGAGGAGUCCGAAGAAGAAACGGAUGAUGAAUACUAUGAAUACUCCGAGGGUUCUGAAUCGGACUCGGAGUUGGAAGAAAUCGCAAGGAGACCGCAGAUAAACACAGCUCAGGCCCCGGAAGAAAGCCGAGGACCCAGUGACGAGAAAGCGCGAGUCUCUAACGCGACUACAAUCCAGACAGCCACGACCAAAGAAGAUACCCCACCGGCGUCCAUCACCCAAGACCAAGCAAUGCAUGACAGAAUAACAGCAGCGCUACAAAACCUCUCAUUGCCGUCUGAUGAGCCCGAAGACAUCCCACUCAGCAGAGUAGAGACUCACAUCGACCCAGCGAUGACGGAUCUCAGCAGAGUAGAGACUCACAUCGACCCAGCGAUGACGGAUCUCAGCAGAGUAGAAACUCACCUCGAACCUGCGAUGACGAACCUCACCAUAUCCCCCACACAUAUAACCUUCAGGGAAGAUACUGCUGUACGGGCGGAAUCACGCCAAGAGCCAACGCUUGAACACUGCGCAACAGCACCUGCUGGCGACGCGCGCAAACCCAGCUUGGGAUCAUCCAGUCUUCAGCGCAAAAUCUCCAUGCGUUCGUCCCCAGGUCGUCUUUCACGACGGCUCAAGACCGUGUGCUACAAAUAUGCCGGAAAGGCUAUGGUGCCCAUCCGUGGCAAGGUCAAUUGA